UUAUCCAGGAAGACGAGGCUGGGGCCACUGGGGAGGCCUGGCAUGACCGGCUGCCUGGUCCACACUAGUUCACGUGUGUCAGACCUGGAUUGCGUCACCCCUUUUGCCAGUGCGACGGUGUACCACGCUGAUCGAUCUGGCUGGAUGUCCGUCUAUCAGCCUCACACACCUUGUCACGCAAACCGCUGGGAGUGGACAGAGCCGUAUCCUAGCUUGACAAUGGCGCGCCUCGCUGUGGCGCUGGCCGCUGGCCUUCUGCUGCUGGCGGUUUCCGCCGAUGCCUCCGGCGGGCGUGAGCUGCUCCAGAGCUCCAAGGGCUGCCCUGCCCUGACUGUCAACGCAGUGGACUCCUACAACAAGGCGAAGGGCACCUCCCUCGAUAGCGACUGCUUUGAUCAGGUUGGCACCAAGGGUUCGUGCGGCAGCAAGACCGGCGGCCUGUGCAUCUUCAGCAACGGCCAGAGCUGCUUCUACCGCGCCCGGGCCUGCAAGCCCACCGAUUCCCAAGUCCUGGGUCUCUUUGCCACCUGGAACGCCGCCCUGAAGACGCUCAACUCCAAGACGGUCGCGGCCCUGUACGCGCCCAGUGCCGUUCUCCUCCCCACCGUGUCCAACCAGUACCGCACCACCCCCGAUGAGAUCAUCGACUACUUCGACCACUUCCUGCCCAAGGGCCCCGUGGGCGCCAUUGACAAGUACGAGAUCCGCCACCUGGCCGACGGUGUGGUCCAGCUGCUGGGUAUCUACACCUUCACCAUGACGCUGCAGGGCAACGCCAAGGUGCAGGCGCGCUUCAGCUACACCUACACCCGCCAGGCCGAUGGCAAGUGGCUGAUCGUGGAGCACCACUCCUCUGCCAUGCCCGAGAACGAGGCGGCUCUGGUUAUGGACGCCUUCGUGCAGUGGAACGAUGCGCUGGCCACCCUGAACGCGAGCAAGGUGGCGUCCCUGUACGCGCCCACGGCCGUGCUGCUGCCCACCGUGUCGGACAAGGUCCGCAACACGCCCGCCGAGAUUGAGGACUACUUUGUGUCUUUCCUCAAGAAGGAGCCCGUGGGCGUUAUCGACAACAUCGAUGGCAGCUCGCCCAACGUCCGCUUCCUGGCCGCCGACGUGGCCAUCAACUCCGGCACCUACGUGUUCACCCUGAAGAACGACGAUGGCACCCGCAGCAAGGUCCGCGCCCGCUACACCUACGUCUACAAGAAGUACGGGAGCAAGUACAUGAUUGAGGAGCACCACUCCUCGGUCAUGCCCGAGACCGCCGGCAAGGUGGACGAGUAAACACCACGCCACAAUGAGCCCUGCUGCCCUAGUCGCUCGGGAGCUGCAGGCGCGUGGCUGGCAGCUGGCGCGCACGCACUGAGUUUGGGACUGGAUAACACUGUGGUCCGGAUGGCAGGGUAUUCCUGCGGUAUAAAAAGGGCUCGCAUAGGGCGUCCCGUGUCGAAGAAUGAAUGUGAAACUCGGAUCGUUUGGUGCGACCUGAGAGCUACAUAGAGUGCGCUGUAGAUGAGCAGAUGAGUGUGGGCAUUGUGCCUGUCCUGUGUUUGGUGGCAGCUGCAUGGGCUGUGGUAUCAUAGGUCCUGCAUGCGUGCCAAUAACGAUUUUCGAAGAAUGACCUCUGACAGGAAAGUAGUGGAAGGAGUUGUUUCCGAGUGCGGGGGCUGCAGAGCCAGCAGAAGCACACUGUGUCUGUUGUGCACACGUGCUGCGUAAAUGAUAAGCAGGCCUGUGGCGAGAGAUUGGAGGGAUGAGGUGGAAAUGGUGCAUAAAUGCAGACAUGUCAUCUGCGCGGUACGGAGGAAGGCCAUGCUAGGCUCACACAAUAAGCAAGGCCGACGCUUAGCGCGGCUGUGAGUGCCUGGGAGUAUGAGUGAUGGAUGUGUGCAGCGUUUACGGCUGGGUCGUCUGAGGGGCUGGUAAGCUGGUUGUACUCGUCGUGCGCCGGAGAGGCCAGGGAGGGGAAAGUAACGCAAGUGGUUUGUGAAGGUUAGUGGGGUGACAGACUCAUGGGUAUGGAUCCAAGGGUCGCGCGCGGCGCUAGCGGCGCCCAUUACAGUAACCUGUCCGCUGAAAGUUGGCUGGUUCAUUUGCACCCGCAUUACGCAAAGCAUUCUCUGUAAUGAGUCGCAUUGCCGACGGCCCGACGCUAUGAUCACGACAUGCAAGAGGGAGCAGGCCGACAGUAGGGGUGCGCCACCACGGGUGGAUCACAGCGAAGCCCUGUAACGUGCUGCCCAGAGGAAGGCACGCUCUUGAAAGCCACGGAAGCCACUCUGUUCACUUUGGCCUGCGCAAAGCCUGCAAAGCUUUGCUUGUCUCUGUAACCCCGUUGUUUGCUUGGCCUUCAGGCUCUGUGGCUGUCCGGUCUGCGGGAGGCGCGGUCGCCACAGCAGGUUCGUGUGCCCCACGGGACCAUGCACGGACAAGGACAGGGACAAGCGUGCGAUGGGGCGUCUUCACCCGGAUGCAGAGCAGAAUAGCUUGACUAAGGGUGACGGAGGAACAGAGAAAGCCAGAGGCGCGCCGGGUACUGAGCUCUAUCACACCGGAAGAGUUAAUUGUUUGAGUCGGGUACUUGGCGUGUAUGGCGUGUAUGUAACCGCUCGCCUUUCUCCUGUGUUCGCCGACAGCCACAGACGUGGGGUGCAAGGACCAGGAUGAAGGGUAGAAGCUGCUAGCGAAGAUCGCACACUUUGGUAAAAGGGGGCAAAGAGAAGACUUUGCGACUCCUUGCCACGCGCAUGGGCCUGGCAUGUGACGCGCUGGCGUUGCUUCUGGCGGCUUCGGCCUGGGGCACCACUGUAAGGACGCGAAUGUGCGUUAGAGCCUGUGUUCGGAUGCGUAACACAAGCGUGUUGACGAGCCUCAGCGUACUUGUCUUUCGAGGUGGCAGCGGCCAAACGCAUGCGUUUGUCACGCAGUGCUCGUAUCUUCCAUCUACGCUGUAGGAAUUUGCCCCCAAUCCGCCGAAGGCGGAGAAAUGUUUUGGGGUUUGGGGCCGCGCACCUACGGAGUGUAGACGUUUUGGGCGGAUUUGGCGGUAUCUUAGGCAGGGAGCGUAAAUGUUUUGGGGGUUUUGGGGGCGUGCCCAUAGGGAAAUUUUUCUGGGCGUAGAUGGCGCGGAAGGGGUCAUCUACGCUGUGUAGACGCCGGGGGCCUAAAGCCAUCUACAAUA